UGGAAAUCAUCAACCUUGAUCAUUAGUGAUCUAACAAAGCCCCGACUUUACCCAGCCUCUUCUGACUCGUUCACUUCUCUUCACAAUUUCUUCGUCACCAUUGGGCGCCACCGCAGACCCCAACAUCAACCCGCCAGGCCCAAUUCCGGCCGAUUGCCUCGCACCAUGGGCAACGAACCGUCGACCUUGGUAGAUGAAGAUACCCCUUCGUCCACGCUAGAAGCUCGGACCCUUGAGGCGGUUGCUAAAUAUAUCAAAGCAAAGGAUGACUGCCAAAUUGUGGUGAUGGUGGGCGCUGGGAUUAGCACCUCGGCGGGCAUUCCCGAUUUUCGUUCCCCAGAAACGGGAAUCUAUGCUAAUCUGGCCCAUCUUGACCUGACGGAUCCUGAAGAUGUGUUUGACAUUAGCUUUUUCAGGGAGAAUCCGCGGCCAUUCUACGCAUUGGCGCGGGAGCUGGCCCCCGGCCGAUAUCGACCCACUAUUGCGCACUCUUUUGUCAAGUUGCUCUACGACAAGGGUCUUUUGAUGAAGCAUUUCACACAGAAUAUCGACUGUCUCGAGCGCCUGGCAGGUGUGCCUGGGGAUGUGAUCGUUGAGGCACAUGGGAGCUUUGCAAACCAGCACUGCAUCGACUGCAAGGCUGAAUAUCCCGAACAAUUGAUGAAGCGGUCCAUUAACGAGGGUGAGGUACCUCGGUGCUCCCAAUGCAAUGGGCUUGUGAAACCGGAUAUUGUUUUCUUCGGCGAAGCAUUACCGGAGGAAUUCUUCCUUAACCGGACGCUUCCAGAACAGGCGGACCUUUGCAUUGUUAUGGGCACUAGUCUCUCCGUGCAGCCUUUCGCUAGCCUACCAGCAUUUUGUCGGGAUGGGGCACCCCGCGUGCUCAUUAACAUGGAGCGCGUUGGUGGAAUGGGGUCUCGACCGGAUGACGUCCUUCUUCUAGGAGACUGUGAUGCUGGGGUGAGGAAAUUCGCCCGAGCGUUGGGAUGGGAACAGGAACUGGAAUCGCUCUGGGAGAGCACGAAUCCGGAUAAGGGAACCCGAGAUACGGAAGUCACUCCUUCGCAGACAAGAGAUGAGCGUCUGCGAGAUGAAAUAGAGCGCCUUACCAAAGAGGUUGACCGCACUUUAGGUAUCUCAGAUGCCUACCAACAACGAGUGCGGCAGAAUCUAGACCAGCAUAGUAAUGGCAUAGAGAAGAUGGCUCUAGCCGAGGAGCGGCGACAGAGUUACGAAGGCCUGGCACAUGUAUUCCCCCAUUUAGCGCGAGAGAAGAAACCAUCUGCCAUUUAGACGUAGAAUCAUAUGACCAUAUGCAUUGGUGGCU